AUGUCGUCCUCCUCCCCAUCUGUUAUCGACGAUGUGCCCUCCAUCGAUGAGGUGGUCAACGUCCCAGGCUCCGUUCUCUCCUUCAAGCAUCUCGGAUAUUGCGUGAAGGGCAAGGAUUGCAGCAAAAUACUUGUCGAGGAUGUCUCCGUGGAUAUCCAUGCUGGCGAGUUACUAGCCAUAAUGGGCCCAUCUGGAGCUGGGAAGAGCACUCUGCUAGAUUUGAUGUCAUUCCACAAGGCGACUACUCCCGACGCGAAUGCGAUGCACAAGAUCUCCAACUUCGUCGAGCAGGAGGAUGCCCUACUCGGAGUGUUGACUGUCCGAGAGUCGAUCACCUACGCUCUCCGACUCCACCUUCCACUCCUCCCCCGCAAGCAAGUGCAUGACCGUGUGGAACGGACAAUCAAAGCUUUAGGCCUUCAAUCGUGCGCGAAUCAGCGCAUCGGAACACCUAUCCAACGAGGCAUUUCGGGAGGUCAAAAGCGGCGAGUCACUGCUGCAUGUGCAAUGGUCACGUUCCCGAGAAUCUUGUUCCUCGACGAAGUGACAUCUGGGCUCGACAGCACCUCUGCCCGUGAGGUCAUCGCGUCCAUUAGCCACCUCUCGAAGGCGGAGGGCAUGAUCGUCAUCGCCUCAAUCCACCAGCCUUCCAUGGAGACGCUUUCGCAAUUCACGAACGUCAUGCUCCUGGCUGGAGGCAAGGUCUGCUACUCCGGCCGUGUUGACGAGCUGGAAGGCUUCUUCGAGAAGUGGGGACGGCCGGUUGGACGUUUCACUACGCCCUCCGACCAUGCCAUGAACUUCCUAAACACUGACUUCCUGCACCCCUCCACCUCCGCCGAGAUCAUCCGCGAGUUCCGCGAGUUCUACCUCUCCUGGUCUGCCAGCGACCCGGCCUCAGAGCCAUUCGACGAGAAGAAACUUCUCGCUUAUCCCACAGACAAAAAUUCUGGCGCCGUCGAUGGCAAGGCCGGCUCUAUUGGGACCUUGUUCUGGAAUACGCUGGUACUCGCGGAGCGCACGGCCAUGAACUACUCGCGCAACCUGUUGGCAUAUGGAGUUCGAUUGGGGAUGUACGGCGGGAUGGGUCUGAUGCUCGCAACGAUAUGGAUCCGCCUCGGAAGCGAAGACACGACCAUCAACGAUCGGCUGUCGGUCCACUUCUACAGUGUGGCGUUCCUUGCCUUUAUGUCGGUAGCUGGUAUCCCCGCAUUUCUGGAAGAGCGCUCCGUAUACUACCGCGAGACGAAGAAUGGACUGUACACCACCCUCCCGUUCGUCCUGUCGAACACGCUCGUGAACAUACCUUUCCUCUUCCUGUGCACCUUUUUCUUCACCGUUAUAUGUUAUUGGGCCAUCGGAUUGCACGGUGGCGCAGUGCCGUUUUUCCGCUUCCUCGCCUUCCUGUUCCUGUCCAUCCUCGCGGCGGAGAGCCAAGCUCUGGUUGUUGCGUCACUCCUCCCCAUAUUCGUUGCCGCUCUGGCUAUUAGUGCUUUUUUAAACGGCUUCUGGAUGAGCGUUGGUGGAUAUUUCAUGCGUGCCCGGUCCCUUCCCCGCUUCUGGUACUACAGCUUCCAUUUUAUGGAUUAUCAAAAAUACGCCUUCGAGCUUCUCACAAACUCUGAUCUACGAGGCCUAACCUUCAAGUGCAGCACUAUCGUCAACGACCAGUGCGUUUGCGCGUACCCAACGUCCACCCCUGCCUCGUGCACCGUGUCAGGUGCCGAUGUCCUUGAUUAUCUGGACAUAGGAGGCAUCUCGUACGGGAGAUGGGCUGCUAUCCUCACCUGUGUCACCAUUAUCUAUCGGAUCGCGUUGUACUUCGCACUGAAGGUUCGUUCGACAUGA